AUGGAGCAAAAGCAGGAUCCAGAAGAACACCCUUACACCAAACGGCACGACUUUCGCAUCAAUUCACAUGUACUUCCAAGUCCGUUUGGAGAGACGUAUGGGUAUGCCUACUGUGGAAAAUGGGCCAGGGAGCGAGGAGUUGGUGUUCACGAUUACCAAGACGAUUCUGGGUCCAAGGACUGGCCUUACGAUAAGGACUACGAAGAGGACUACUCUUAUGCAGACCUUCCCAGUCUUCAACGCCGAAAUCCCCAUCUUCCCCUCGACGAUGAUGAGUAUAAUGGGCCCAUCGUAGUUGCCGGCAGCGUCCAGCUUUCGGGCGAGGAAACGCCCCAAGAAUAUAUCGCCAAGAUCUCUGAUAGUGCGUACUAUCCAGUCAGUUGGGAUAUGGAGUGCCGAAAGCGGAUGAUGGUAUAG